AAUCAAGCACUACUCUAUUUCUGCUGUUAAGCAGUCAAUAAGCAAAUGCUGUGCUAGAAACGCAUACACUCAUGUUUAUACCAUGUGCAUUGCUUUUUUUUUUUUUUGCAAAACAUGACAGAUGGGAUGAACGUUGCAUUUUUUCUACAUAAUUGAGAAGAAUUAUCAAUAGAGUCAUACGAUGUUCGGAUGUCUGUUGCCUUUAUCAGACACACAGAUUGGCUCGCUCUUUCAAAUAAAGCCAAACAGUUAUUCAUGCAGAUGUCCAUGUAUCUUACAAACCCUAAAUCUAAACAUAUGAGCCUUUUAAAUAGUAGUAAAGAAACGACGACCUAUCCUUUACGCCUCUUCUGCCAAACCAUCCGCAAAAGGGAAAGAUGCUUAUUGUGGGAAACUAUUUCCGCACACCCCUUAAAUUUCCUUACCCUUCUCCAUAAUGAGACGUUUUAUACCCAUUCUUUUCGUCAUGCCCAUUUAUUUUAUUUUCUUCUUUUUUCUGUUAUUUUUCUUUGUGUAAGAAUCAAUACAACUCAAUACAUAAGACACAACAACAGCUACAGAAAAUUCUGUUUGUUUGUUACUUCUCGGCGUACGACAUUCAAUCCAGCCAUAUUCUCUGCUUGUCGUUUCCUUCAAAGUCAGCAUCUACAGCACCGCCGAAAUCGACAAAAAUAGUGAUCGUUUUCUAUUCAAUGGAUUCCAUGAGUUGUCUACAGACCUAUUUCGAGAGUCAAGAUGAUAGAGAAGCUGCCGCUUUGGUAGCUGAUAUGAUUGCUUUGCUUCCAUCGAAAUACAUCGAUUCUACAUCUGCCAUCAUGGAUAAUGACGGUGAUAGCCAUAUGGAUACGCAUAGUAUGGAGAAACAGCCAUUCUAUCAACAGACUGAAUGUGAUGACGCUAGAGAAGUAGUCAAUAACAAUCAACAACAAUAUCUUUGUAUG